CUGGCUUCCGGUGACGCCGUUUGCUCCGCGCCGCACAUCCUAACUUUUGCUGUGUAAUCUGAAGAAGUGAGGUGGUCGGUUAUUCCAGGCUUUUUUUUUUUUUUUAAAGAAUUAGUCAAGUGUACUCCUAAUCUACAGGAUGGAGUAUUUAAUCGGGAUCCAGGGGCCGGAUUUUGUCCUGGUCGCCGCCGAUAACGUCGCAGCCAGCAGCAUCAUUCAGAUGAAACACGACUAUGACAAGAUGUUCAAGUUAAGUGAGAAGAUUUUGCUGCUGUGUGUGGGAGAAGCUGGAGACACGGUGCAGUUUGCAGAGUACAUCCAGAAAAAUGUUCAGCUCUACAAAAUGAGGAACGGUUAUGAACUAAGUCCAGCAGCAGCAGCAAACUUCACACGAAAGAACCUGGCAGACUACCUUCGAAGCAGGACUCCAUAUCAUGUGAACCUGUUGCUGGCCGGCUACGACGAGGCAGACGGCCCGGGUCUUUACUACAUGGACUACCUGUCUGCCCUGGCCAAGGCGCCCUUCGCUGCCCACGGCUACGGAGCCUUCCUCACCCUCUCCAUCCUGGACCGAUACUACAGACCAGAUCUGACCCGUGAUGAAGCAGUGGAUCUCUUGAAGAAAUGCAUAGAGGAGCUGAACAGGCGCUUCAUCUUGAACCUUCCCUCCUUCAACGUCCGUUUGAUUGACAGGGAGGGCAUCCAUGACCUGGAGAAACUCACCCUUGGCGCUAAGUGACCGCACAUCGCUUCGCUACCAACCCUCACGCCCUCGUUUUUGCUUAUUUUUUUUUUUAGUACAGAUGACCUUCUUGCUCUUUCUGUUCCAAUAAAAAGUGACACACUGUUGAGAUACAA